AUGACUACCCCAUCCAAAGAACGACCAAUUAUCCUCCUCGGUGCCGGGGUGCUAGGCCGUCGCAUCGCCGCCGUCUUCCUCGCCGGUGGGUACAACGUGCACAUCCGGGAUCCUAGCAAGCAAGCUCUAUCCGACGCGGAAUCCUUUAUCCACACGCAACUAUCCUCGUUCGCAGCCAUCCUCCCACAAAAAGGAAAGACCUCGCCAGGUUCGUUGCAAACAUUUACGGAGAUAGCACCCGCAGUGCAGAAUGCCUGGCUCGUGGUGGAAGCCGUGCCGGAGAAGCUGGAGUUGAAACAGACGACAUUUGCAGAGGUAGCUGCAUCUGCACCAGCAGAUUGCGUCCUCGCGUCAAAUAGUAGCUCGUUCAAGUCCAGGUUUAUGGUGGAAGAAUUGGAGAAAGAAAGGCGCGCAAUGGCGUUGAACAUGCACUUUACUAUGCCGCCGGCGAUUCGGACGGUUGAGUUGAUGACAGAUGGUGAGACGAAGGAGGAAUUGUUUGGGAUCCUGAGUGAGGUUUUGAGAGAUUGUGGGAUGGUGCCUGUUACAGCUAGAAGGGAGUCUACUGGGUUCGUCUUUAACCGUCUUUGGGCUGCUGUGAAACGAGAGAUCCUCAUUAUUCUCGCUGAGGAUGUUAGUACACCGGAGGAGAUUGACCUUUUGUGGGAGAAUAUGUUCCAGUUGCCCACGAGUGAGCCGCCAUGUCGGUUGAUGGAUCAGAUUGGGCUCGAUACGGUUGCUUUUAUCGAAGACAACUACAUCCAGGAACGAGGUCUCGAGGGCAAACAAACCGUCAACUGGCUACGUGAGAACUAUAUCCAACAAGGAAAACUGGGUCUCAAGAGCGAGAGUGGCGGGUUAUACUCAGCAGGCGAAAAGAACAAGAAAUCAGAAACAAUAUAUCUUUUGGAUGCCGGCUUAGGCGCAAACAAUCCCGAUAUCAGCACCAUCCCAACUGCCGGCCGGGUCCUCAAGUUCACUCCAUCCUCCAAUUCUGUCGAGACGUUGGUCAGCGGCCAGUCCCUACCGGAUGGUAUCGACAUCUCGCAGCACUCAUCACGCAUGUUCUGGUCAAACAUGGGCCGCGCCACAUCUGAGCAUGACGGCUCGGUGCACUCCGCCACUCUUGACGGCUCUGACAUCCAAACAAUUAUUCCCUCUGGUGCUGUGCAUACUCCGAAGCAGUUGGUUGUUGAUGAUGCCAAGCAGCGCGUGUACUUCUGUGAUCGCGAGGGCAUGGGUGUGCACCGGUGCAACUACGACGGCAGUGACCACCGCAUCCUCGUGCAGACGGGUCUGCUAUCAGACCCCAAUGAGAAGGGUGACAUGACCCGGUGGUGCGUGGGUAUCACCGUCGACCCGACCCGCGGGUAUAUCUACUGGACGCAAAAGGGUCCCAGCAAAUCCGGAAAAGGCCGGAUCUUCCGCGCAAAUAUGGACAUCCCUGACGGUCAGACGGCGGCAAAUCGGUCUGAUAUCGAGCUACUCCUGGAAAACCUGCCUGAACCCAUUGACCUUGAGCUGGACCAGGAGAACCAGGUACUGUACUGGACUGAUCGGGGCGAGCAUCCAAUCGGAUGUUCUUUGAACCGUAUUAGCGUUGCUAGUGAUAAGGUUAGUCCAGAAAGCAAGACAAUCCUAGCACGUCAAUUUCAUGAGCCUAUCGGAUUGAAAUUGAAUGAGAAGAAAGAAAUUAUCGUGGCAGAUCUGGGAGGAAGUGUAUACCGUGUUGGCCAGGGGAAGACUGUCAUUAUGCACGACCAAGGAAGCUAUACCGGAGUUGGCCUUUGCUCAUAG